AUGAUUGUCCUUCUCUUCCACCUGGGAUCUUGCGAGCAUGAGAGGAGACAAGAAGCUGAGGAAUGGGCGGCGAGCAAAGCCGACCACGAUGCUGACACAUGCUCGGAUGAGCAGUGUAUAUCUGAUGCCCGCAAGAUCGAUGCGUUCGAGAAAUGGAUCCAGUCACAGAAGCUUGCUGUGAACAAGUUAGAAGUGAAGAGCAUACCUGGCUUCAGAAUGGGAACGACCGCUAAAGAUGACAUCGCAGAUGGUGAACUGUACAUUGCUAUCCCGGACCACAUGCUCAUGGGCCCAGAACGAGUAGAACCUGGGUCAAGAUUGGACAAAAAGUUGAUGAAGAUUGUUAAGAGCCAGUCAAUUUCCAUGCAAGAACAACGCAGGCUUCUGUCGGAGAAGAACAAGGUCCUCAUGUACUUUCUCCUUCAGAUGUACAACCCCAAGAAAGAAUCGUUUUGGAAACCUUACUUCGAUAUCAUGCCAACCAACUUGACAUCUCCAAUCUUCUGGAGUGAAGAUGAGCUGCAAGAGCUUGCGGGCUCUGAGGUCUCGAACAUGGCCAGGAUUGAGAAGAAGAGGCUGCGCGCCAUGUACGACGAACUGCGCGAGCGUAUCUUCAAACACGACAGGAAGACAUUCUUGAAGCAGGCAUUCACACUGAAGAACUGGUUCUGGGCCAACGGCCUGUACGACUCAAGAGUCAUUCAACUCAACAGGCAGACUGGCCAUGGGAAUGUCCCGACAUUCAUCCCUCUGAUAGACAUGGUGAACUGCAUCGAGAGUCAGGACAAGACCUUCAUCCAAUACGACAAGAAGCUUCGUGCGGCAGUCAUGUACGCAGAUCGUGCAGUGUCUCGAGGGGUCCAGGUAUUCGAGUCUUACGGCAACAAGUCAAACUACGAAUACCUGCUGUACAAUGGAUUCGUUAUGGAGGACAACCCUAACGACUGUGUCUACAUUUCAUUUCCUUCCUCCAAUGCAAGAGAUGCAAAAUCAUAUCUGAUCAAGCACAUUGAGGAGAAGAGGAGAGGAUACAGACGAUUCGCGAGAACCAUGUGCAUCAUGACGUGA